AUGGCACCACCCACAACCCCCUCCCCCGGUUUCUCCCUCGAAGUCACCAUAACCAUCGACCCCUCCAACAUCCCCAAAUUCUUAUCCCUCUUCCAUCCCAUCUACGAACUCGUCACUGCAGAGCCGGAAUGCACAUUUUUCGAAGUCUUCAUCGACCCCGAGAAACCCGGGGUGAUACAUUGGGUGGAGGGGUGGAAGAGGGAUAAGCAGUGGUUUUUUGAUGUGCAGUUUAAGAAGGAGUAUUAUAAGGAUUAUUUGGAGAAGACGGUACCGAUGUUUGUUGCGGAGAGGGAAUUUAAGUUUUUCGAGAGAUUGCCGGUUGAGUGGACGUAUGUGAAGCCCGAACAUUCACAAAAAGUGUAG